AUGGAUCUCAAAGUGAUCUGUGUUUUCUCCAUCGUCCUUGUGGUAGCCCUCAGCACCUUGGCAGAGGGAAACAGACCACCAACACGAUGCCAGUGUAAGCUGCCUGCCAAGGAGCGGAAGAACUGCGGCUACCCAGGAAUCUCAGAAGCAGAGUGCAAGAAAGCUGGCUGCUGCUUCAACUCUUCAGUCCGUGGUGUUCCCUGGUGCUUUUCUCCUAAAGCAAGGAAAGUUAGGAAAAUAUGUCCCUCCAACGCUCACGCCAGGAGAAACUGCGGCUUCCCUGGCAUCACGGCCAAAGAGUGUGAAAGGAAGGGGUGCUGCUUCAAGGCACGGCCCGCUGGUGUCCCCUGGUGCUUCUACCACCACGUGGUGGAGGAAGAAUAUUAUUCAUCUUAG